AUGGUGAAGAUGAAUUGUAUAGAAAACAACAUGUUUACGGAGUAUAUACAGCUAUCAGUGCUACAGGAAGUGGUGUAUACAGUAGGAAGAAUUAUUGGUGAAUAUUGUGUACUAAGAAUUUCCGUAACAGAAAAGAAGGAGCUUAUGAAGAAAAUAGUCAAGCAGGACAAGGUAGAGGGAUCUGAGGAGCCACUGAAACUGCUAAAACGCAUUUCCAAUAGCACGUUGGCCACGCGUAACUUCCACACGAAUGUAUACCUGAAUCUAAUGAGGUAUGGGCUGGAAAUGGUGCUGAUUUGUUCUAGAAUACCACUAAAGUACGCCAUGCUGGUAUUGGGGCCAUAUAUUGUGUUCUAUGGAUUGGUGAAUUUAUCCACUAAUAGUACGCGCAUGAAGUACAAGGAAAAGAUAGACGAAUUGGAUUGUAGGCUGAAUGGACAAGCAGCAAGUGCAAUGAAUCACAUUGAGACGUAUCAGCAGUAUAAUACCAAUAGAGUGGUGAUACAGGACGCAAGAAAGAUCAAGGCGGAGAUGAGGGAGUAUGAGAAGAAAAAGAAGAUUAUCAAGGCAGUAUGCAAGUUGUCAUUUGGAUUGGGAGAGUUGCUGAUUAUAUUAUUCUUUCUGUUCAUAGAGUGUGGAAGCAGUGGAACAAGAAAUGGGCUCUUUGAACUGUCGAUGUUUCUGUAUCGAAUUACGUCAGCAUGCAAACAGUUACAUAAGGCACUACAGGAGAUUCUUGAGAGUGUUCUGACUUAUAGGCAAAAUGGAUUUAUGGAGGAAUACACUGGUUUAACGAGAGAAAGAGAGGAGGAAGAGGGUUUUGCUGAAUUUGUUGUAGGGGAAAAGGUGAUUCGAGUGAAAAGUGGUGAGAAAGUUGGGGUGAUUUUGAAGGAGCUGAGUGACCUGGAUUUGGAUUCGAUAAAAACCAGGGGCAAAAACGUAACAAUUUUAAGAAGAAGUGUGCCACUCUUUACGGGGUCACUCAUGUACAACCUGAGACUGGGAUGUGGAUGCAGUGAGUACGAAAUAGCAUCGAGUGCUGAUAAAUACAACAUGAGGUCCCUCUUUGACAGAUCAAUGGAUAAUUUUAGUACAAGAAUCAAUGGCCACAAUCCAAGGCUUUCAAGUGCAGAAAUAACCAAAAUUGGAAUUAUUCGAGCACUUCUCAAGAAAGGAAGUCUCCUUCUCUGUGGGCUGGAUCUAAGCAGCCUCUCUGAAAUUGAUAGGGUAUUCUAUCUAGCAGAAUUGGUCAACAGCCACAAAACAGCAAUCAUUUGCAUACAGAACAAGGAUGACUCAAAGUAUUUCAAUAGAAUUGUGGUGGUUUGA